CCCAUCAUCAUCACCACCACCAACACCUUCACGAUUGAUUGACUAUUUUGGAAAAACAGUUCGCGUGGGUGUGCUCGUUUCACUUGUUCGUGCACUGGCGGCUCGUUUCGAGGAUGGCCGAGAGCGAGGCAGACACGCCGAGCACGCCGAUUGAGUUUGAGAGCAAAUACUUCGAGUUUGAUGGAGUGCGGCUGCCGCCCUUCUGCAGGGGGAAGAUGGAGGAGAUCGCCAACUUCUCCCUCAGAAGUAGCGACAUUUGGAUUGUCACCUACCCAAAGUCAGGCACCAGUCUACUUCAGGAGAUUGUGUAUCUUGUGAGUCAGGGAGCAGACCCAGAUGAGAUUGGCCUUAUGAACAUCGAUGAACAGCUUCCUGUCUUGGAGUACCCCCAACCUGGCCUGGACAUUAUACAGGAGCUGACCUCUCCUCGUCUGAUUAAAAGCCAUCUUCCCUAUCGGUUCCUCCCCACAGCCAUGCACAACGGAGAGGCCAAGGUGAUCUACAUGGCUCGUAACCCUAAGGACCUGGUGGUGUCCUACUACCAGUUCCACCGCAGCCUCAGGACCAUGAGCUACCGGGGAACCUUCCAGGAGUUCUGCCGCCGCUUCAUGCAUGACAAGCUGGGAUACGGUUCCUGGUUUGAUCACGUUCAGGAAUUUUGGGAACAUCGCAUGGACUCCAAUGUCCUCUUCUUAAAGUAUGAAGACAUGUACAAGGAUCUGGGCACGCUGGUGCAACAGUUAGCUCAGUUCCUGGGUGUUUCCUGUGACAAGGCUCAGCUGGAGGGCAUGGUGGAGAGCUGCAACCAGCUCAUCGAGCAGUGCAGCAACUCCGAGGCGUUGUCCAUCUGCAGGGGUCGUGCAGGUCUGUGGAAAGACGUAUUCACAGUGUCUAUGAAUGAGAAGUUUGACACGGUGUACAGACAGAAGAUGGGCAAGUCCGACCUGACCUUUGACUUCUGCAUGUGAGCAGCACCUGACCCUCCACCCCACUGAUCUACUCCAGUGCAAUCGACCAAACCCACGAUCCUAUAUCUCCGUAAAGUGAGAGAUUUAAGGGUACAGUGUGACAGCAGGAUUACAUUACAAGACUUUUCCCUUAAUGCAAUCUGUCUCAGUGAGUAAGUCUCGAAAAAUCACACCCUUGUGGACUGGUCAAAAGAACUUAGUUGACAUUUCUCCAUCAAUAGUUAAACCAAACCUCCCUCAACCCCUACCUCCUGUGUAUAUGUGUACAUAUUAACCAGGGUUCGACCGAUAUAGGUUUUUGAAGGCAGAUGCCAAUACUUUCAACCUCAAGUAUUGGUCAACAUUUCUAUUCAAAUUCUCCAACAUAGUUCAUAAAAGGAAUUCAAGCUACAUGCAGAUAUUUGUGACUGAAUUACAUGGAAACGGCAAUAUGCCAGUACUGCCAUUCAAUGUUCUCGUGCAAUGCUAGUCUUGCUGUGAUAGUUAUCUAUUUUUCACCAGUCCAUAAAGAACUGGGUACGCUAAAAAAAAAAAAAAGGGAUUUGUUUCCCACUUACAUAUAAAAGGUAAAAGUAUUUGCAACUUUGAAAGGCAGGAAAAAGUGUCUGGUUUCAUAGGGAGAUACGAAAGUGGUUCAAAUGGGGAUAAAGACCUCAGUUAGUCUGUAAGAACACCAGCAUGUAGACGGAAACCAAUUUGAUUAUUGUGCUGAUCAGAAGGACAUCAUCACGUAUUUUGCGUAAGUGCUAAGGGUCUGCUACUCGUUGGGGAAUUACGUUGUGAAAUUCUUAUUUUUUGUAAAUAGGAGGCAUGCAGGUCUAUGAAUUCAACUACACUUUAAAGCAAAUAAUUAUAAUUAAAUAGUAAAAUGAUGAAUUCAUGUAAACAUGUCUAAGAAUUUCUUUUAAAUGGCAAUUUUUUCAAUGUUUUAAAAGCAGUAGAUCAACAUUCCAGAUUUCCAGAAUACUGGAACAAACAACUCGUGAGCCUUAACAACUUUAUGAGUUUAUGUAGCUUGCGUGCCAUCAGUGGAGGGCUUUAGGCUGCCCUAGUUCACCCUCUGGAGACAACAAUAGAGGUCUGACUGCCUGUUAGAGAACAGACAUCAUUUGGACUACUUAUUUGCAAUGUUGAUCAGCCACAAAUAUCUAUAGGUAGACUCAGGGAUUCUCUCCGAUGUUUCUGGUUGUCAUGUGGACAAACCCUCUGAAAUAUUUACAUCAUCUUGAGACAGUAAACCCCUCCAAAGGCUAAUGAAACCAUUGUAUUAGAGCUCAGCUGCUUUAUAGGUCAGGCCACACAUAAACACCUAUUCAUUGGUGAGGAAACCAGAAUACAAUACUUGUAAGUAUGGAACUAACACCCACAAUGGCUGAAUAUGACCUAUCUACGGCCACCAGGUACAAAUAUGGUGAACAUAUUUUGACUUUAAUCAACGGCAGACAACAGACAACACUUUAAUCUGUUAAUCCCACAUAUCAGUCUAACCCUGAAACUGAGUGCAUUAGCAGUUUUCUUGAUGCAAAAGUUGCUCCAAGUCAGGUAGAAGAAUGGAAGGUAACUGUAAGAAAUGAAGCCAAACAUAUAAAAAAGAAGCCUAUCACGCCUAGCAAUCGGUUCAGCAGCUCAGUGUCACACAGCUGGGAGAUUUUUGUGUUAGAUGAUCCAUGUUUUUUUCCCCCUCAAAAGUGCUGGAGGGUUUUUCAGCCUUCAUUGUCAGUUAUUUCUGAACUUUACGUGUGUAUGGAUGAUUGCGAGUGUGUGUCAGAGAGUUCAGUCAUGUCAGUGCUCAGUUAAGCUCAGCUAUUUAUGCUGAUUUAGAUGUUGAAUUCAAGGAUUCGUCUGAUCUUUAAAACCAAGUUAUGUAGCAUUGGCGCCUCUCAGUGGUUGAUAAAAAAUACAAUGGUAGGAUAUACCACUGAAUUUAAUGGGCUGAAAGCAAGAAAGAAUUCACAAAUGGGAAUAUAAUUUUUUCUAAAACAAAAGAUUAUGAAUAAUAAGAUUGCCUAAUCGAGUUACAUACAAGUUAUACAAUGAAUGUCUUAAGUCGAACACUUCACUCUUCAAUACUUUGCUGGUGAUUUAAACUGCCAUUUUGGGUACAAACAUGAUUCUUUUCAAAUACAAACUGUUGCACGUUUUUCCCUUAAGAUCAUGAACGGUGGUUCAGAUGAGCAGUUGCUGCCUGGUUGGAGAUGCAGCUGUGCCAAACACGGAAAAUAAUAUUUAGCCUAAUGUCUCCAAGGUAUAAAGACAUGUUUUACACCCUCACCUUAAUAUUUAAGGUCAGUGUGGAUGGAUUCUAAAAAAUGAUUUGUUUCUUUUUUUAUUUAAUUUGUUUGCACAGUAUAAAAAAAUACAUAUCCAGAGAGUCUUAGAACUACGUAUACCCACAUACAUGAACGAAGAAGUAAAGGAAAGCCUGUGAAGGAACGAUAGAAAGCUGAACAUAAAACUCAAGGCAACAUAAGCAGGAUAACAUUCAAUAAACUAGAAGUGUACUUGGAGAGCGCAGACCUCCGGCAAGGUCGUUUCUGCACCAUGAUUCAGAUCUAUUUAUGAAAAUGUAAUCUGAAUGUUUUCCCAACUGACAACCAGACAAACAAACCAACAAUAAACAUAACCUCCUUGGCUGAGGUACCACUAUUUUAAUAUACCUUGGUUUACAUUAAACAUCUCACACCACCUCCAAAGGAAGCCUGGCAGAUCAAUGUCAGUACAUCUUUUGGGCAUCAGAUAUGAUACACCCAACACUCAUAAAGUGAAUAACUAAUAUUGUUUAUUUGGGGCUGUGGAAAGUUUGGUAAUCGGAAAAUCCUAUUCCUGUGUGAACUAUGCUACAUACUGUAUCCCACUGAGGGGUUGAAUAGUGUCCUCUUUCUCUCUGUUUUCACAAAUGUCAGGUUUUGGUUGCAGGAGAGAAGAGCAGAGUAUUAGCCCAUAACCAGCAUUACACUAUGUUUUGUAUUCUGCAACUUGACAGCAUCAAUAUCAGACUCUUUAACCCGAGGCAUCACUUAAAACCAGUCCAUCUCCUUUUCCCCAGUCCCUGCGCUCUACCGGACACUUGUGAAUGUCUUUAUUGUGUUGGUGUAAACGACAACCUCAGCACACACUCGUCACGCCGCCUCAUUUACGGCUGCUCAUUCUUUCCCUUUCAUUGUUCUUCCUUCUACUCUGUCACUGUUUACAGCCGUUGGCAAGGCUUCAGCUGCCCAUCUCCACUUUAAUGGUUUGUUUGGGAUUUUAUACAUGCCUUUCUCUGUUUCCUGGGCGUUGUAUUUUACAUUCUUUGCUUGCUGUUUUAUUAAUAAAGUUGUGUCUUCAGGCAAUA